AUCUAUUCAUUAGAAAAUGGGUUUGAAGCUUGCAAAAAUUUCUCCAUAUGGUUGAUACUUGUCUUGUGUGCAUGUGCAUGUGCGUCAAGUGCUGCGUCUCGUGCCUACGACAUUCCAUCUGCGACUAAAAAGUUUGAGGAGUGGAUGAGUCGGCACGAACGCGACUAUAAAGAUGUCGCCGAGAAGGCGAAGCGUUUGAAUAUUUUCUUGGAAAACCUGCGGUUCAUCGAGGAGUUCAACGGCGCGGUGAACCGGACUUACAAGGUUGGAUUGAACAAGUUCUCGGACUUGACCAACGAGGAAUUUGUGGCAGCAUAUACCGGAUACAAAUUGCCAUCAUCAACACGCAGGAACUCGUCCCAAGUCAAUUCUUUUAAGUACCAAGGUUCGAAUAGCAUCCCGGAGAGCGUCGAUUGGGUAAAACAAGGUGCUGUCAACCCUAUAAAGAACCAAGGCCAAUGUGGAUCUUGCUGGUCGUUCUCCGUGGUGGCGGCGGUCGAAGCAAUCACACAGAUCACCACUGGCGUGCUACCAAACCUGUCCGAGCAGCAACUCAUAGACUGCGCCACUGACGGGAACCAGGGCUGUCAAGGCGGCUGGAUGGACAAUGGCUUCGAGUACAUCAUCAACAACAAUGGCAUCAGCUCCGAGACGAACUACCCGUACGUUGGGGUCGACAGUACCUGCGAUGUGCAGGCCUCAUCUGUUGCCGAGGCCAAAAUAUCAGAAUACAGGGACGUCCCCCCGAACGAGGACGACAUGCUGAAGGCCGUGGCAAUGCAGCCGGUGUCGGUAGCACUCGACUCGAGUGGGGCCGCGUUCCAGAAUUAUGCAGGCGGUGUCUUUACUGGCCCAUGCGGGACCGAUCUGGACCAUGCGGUGACGGUCGUCGGGUACGGGACGGAUACGGAUGGGAUGAAGUACUGGUUGAUAAGGAACUCUUGGGAUGUCUCCUGGGGGGAGAGCGGGUACAUGAGAAUUCAGAGGGAUUCUGGGGUCGAAGGUGGCCUUUGUGGAAUUGCCUCCAAAGUUUCUUAUCCCGUCGCAUAAGUAUUCGUCUGAGAGAUUACGGCUUCGAGUUCAUGUGGUUCAUGUGCGUUAGUAGGGCAAAAUCGGUCGAUAUGAACUGAGCUUAGUAUAAGUCGAAAUAUCUCGGGUUAAUUACUAUAGUUAAUCUCGUCUAUUUACUGUUUAAAUUUCA